AUUCUUAACAACUUCACGAGCUAAUGCAUAGGGCUAUAAAUAAGGCCACAAAAUGUUCAAGCUGAUCAAGUUAUCAAUCAUAUAGUCAGUCCAGAAAUAUAGAUCAUUACUUGUACCCUCUCCUCUAGAAUCUAGAUCACUCCUCUCGGAGCUCCAUGGCACAGCCUAAUUACCCACCCGUGGACCAACCACCUUACCCACCCUACCCACCAACCACCGGACCGCCACAGCUAUUUUACCCUCCGCCACCGGUAGUACCCACACCGUAUCCUGACCCGGCUUCCACAAAGCAGGAACCAAGUGGCAGUCAACAUGGUUAUGCAACUGCAUAUGCAUAUCCCUCGCCCGCAGCACCCCCCGUUUACCCACCCACACCCAUCCCGGCAGUAAGUCCAACUCAAUCGGGCGUAGCUACACCUAUUCCGGUGGUGGGGCCUCAGUAUUGUCUUCCUCGUCCGGUGGAUUUGAUCAUUGUCAGAAAACUCAUGACUCUUACUGAUGAUUUUAUGGUAACGGAUGUUGCCAAGAAUACCAUGUUCAAAGUCAAAGGAAAAUUCUUUAGCCUUCAUGACAAGCGGGUUCUCUUGGAUGCGGCUGGAAGACCUGUCAUUACUCUUAGCCAUAAGGUAUUUACGGCACACAGCAGAUGGCAAGUGUUUAGGGGGGAAAGCUCACACCCUGCAGAUUUAUUAUUCACUGCAAAAACCUCAUCUAUGAUCCAACUGAAAACCAAGUUAAAUGUGUACUUAGCCAACAGGAAGUCAGAGGACUUUUGUGACUUUAAGGUCCACGGAAGCUGGACCGACCGAUCUUGCGUCGUUUAUGUCGGAGAAUCCUCCACCAUUGCUGCUCAGGUAAGAACACGGCCACACGCGCAUAUCAUAUGAGUAUAGAGUUAAUAAUAAAAUCAUACAGUAUAAACACUGUACAAAAAUGACUCGAAAAUAUUUGGAAAUAAAGGUUUUUUUUUGUGGGUUUCAUGGUUUUAUUAAGCGUGCGAGAAUCACAAGACAGAUUAUUUUUUCCAGCGUUUAUCUUUUUUUUUUCCCGGUUAUUAGUUAUUAUUAUUAUUAUUAUUUUUAACUAUUGAUUAAGUUUGAGGAGUUUGGAAUAAAAAUUGGUGAUUGCAGAUGUACAAGAAAGACACAGCCGAAAGUUUCUUCCUAGGAAAAGACACAUUUAUGGUCACUGUGUAUCCAAACGUUGACUACGCGUUGGUGGUGGCUCUUAUUCUCAUCCUUGACGCCAUCAGCACUUCGGAUGAUAACUAAUUGAAUGGGCUGCCUCUUAGGCCAAUGAUUUCAUCCCUACUGUGUAUUUCUCUCAAUGUAUGAAUAUUUUAAUUUGUACGAAUGUUACCUUUCAAAAAAAUUAAAAAGAAAAACAAUUGUAUGUGCAUAUUAUAAUUGUAAGUUCUUUUUUUUUUUUUUUUUU